AGUUUUUAUAAUAACAAAAAUUUCAUGCAUCUGGUCUUGUUUCCCUGUUCGGAAUUACUCAGUCACAUAUAUGCUAAAUUAUAGUCUUGCACUAAAAUUUUCUUUUAUUACAGCUGACUCUAUAUUUCCUAAUCGGCCGCAGAGAACGUAUAUCAUAGAGAAGGCAGAGAACGUAUAUCAAUAUAUGAUAUAUACGUUCUCUGCCGUCAGCUGGUGUUCAUGUAACUAAUACACACUAGAUGGAGCACAUUCCCAAAUUGACAAUUGCAUUUGCUGAGCCAAUUCGUUUUAUAUCUCUCAUUUUCUACACGAAUUUGUCAAAGUUUGCAGAACAAAAGAGUGUUUAAUAAAUGUUUUCUUUGAAAUAAAGCGCAUUUCGGAAGACAUACAAUGUUAAAAGUGACUAUCGGACAGGGUAAAGGAUUAAGGACCUUUGAGGAAGUAUGGCCCGAAAAACGUCUUAUAGUACUGAAACUAUUAAAUCAAGAAACAGUUUCUCAAUUAGAAUGGCAGGAAUUGUUUUAUGGUGUACAUUUGGUUUGUUUGUGGGAUGAGAAAGGAGCCACAAAAAUUUAUGACUGCUUGCGAGCAGAUAUUGUCGAAUUUAUAGUGCAUGCUCAACGCAAGGUACAAUCACAACGCGGCGAACAGGCGCUUCUCACUACAUACAUUGUAGAAUGGCGUAAAUUCUUCACACAAUCCAAUUACCUGCCCCUACCUUUUCGGCAGUUGGAGCAAUCUCUUCAGUUCAAGGUGCCCACGUCCACCGCAACAUCAGCUUCUAGUUCCUCUGCCGCCAGUACAAGUGCCAAUACUGCAUUAACUUCGACGGCGGCUGGUCCUUCAACAUCAGCUGCUGCCGCCGCAAACUCCACAACCUCACCUUCAAGUAGUAAUAGUAGUAAAAAAAAUACCACUGAAGAUUCUAUCGUCCGAAAACUAAUGCUUGACUCAUGGAAUGAACAUAUAUUUUGUGAUAUAAAAGAUCGUUUACAAGAAUCGGCAAUGAAAAUUGUGCAUGCCGAACGCAACGGCGAUGCUUAUGAUGCGCAACUUGUGAUUGGUGUGCGUGAAAGCUAUGUCAAUUUAUGUUCUAUUCCCGACGAUAAACUUCACAUUUAUAGGGAGAAUUUUGAAGCAGCUUACUUGAAGGCAACUGCAGCAUUCUAUCGCCUAAAAACAACAGAACAACAGCAAGCAAACGGUGUAUUGGCUUUUAUGAGAUAUGCAGACGCAAAAUUGCGCGAAGAAGAAACUCGUGCGAAACGAUACCUUGAACCAAGUAGCUAUUGUGAUCUGAUUCAAACCUGUGUCAAAGCACUAGUCGGUGAUCAUAUGAACAUUAUUAUCGCCGAGUGUGCUGCGCUUAUAAGAGAAUAUGAAACAGAAAAACUAAAUCUUAUGUUUCGUCUCUUGGAUCGUGUGCGUGAUGGUGUUGAACCGAUGUUACGUGACUUAGAGAGCCACAUUGUUACUGCUGGCCUAGCAGAUAUGCUCUCAGCCUCCGAUGUAAUCACCCAAGACUCUGAAAAAUACGUAGAGCGGCUGCUCGAACUCUUCAAUAAAUUCAGUUCAUUAGUAAAAUAUGCCUUCAAAGAUGAUCCUCGAUUCCUAACGGCGCGUGACAAAGCAUUCAAGACGGUUGUCAACGAUACAAGUGUAUUUAAGCUCGAACUGCCAACCGGCCUAACAAAUCGUGGCGUUAAGUCCAUCACUCCGGAGAGUAAAUGUCCAGAACUUUUAGCAAAUUAUUGCGACAUGUUACUGCGUCGCACGCCAUUAAGUAAGAAGCUCACUAGCGAACAAAUCGAUGCUCGAUUACGCGAUGUACUAUUAGUUCUAAAAUAUGUCAACAAUAAAGACGUAUUUAUGCGCUAUCACAAAGUGCAUUUGACAAGAAGACUCAUACUUAGUACCAGCGCUGACAGCGAAAAGGAGGAGGAUAUUGUUGAAUGGUUACGCGAAGCUGGCAUGCCAGCGGAUUACGUGAAUCGCUUAGGGCGUAUGUUCCAAGACAUUAAACUUAGUGAAGAUCUAAAUACUCAAUUUCGAAACUGCACCGGUCGUCACGAUGCAAUUAAUAUAAAGAUUCUGAAUGCCGGUGCUUGGGCACGAUGCUCUGAACGAGUUUCAGUGAGUCUGCCCCUUGAAUUGGAAGAUUACAUUCCUGACGUGGAGGAGUUUUAUAAGAAAAACUUUUGUGGUCGUAAAUUGCAAUGGUAUCAUCACAUGAGUAAUGGUACAAUUACAUUUGUAAACAAUUUUGGUCGAUACGACCUUGAUGUGACUACUUUUCAAAUGGCCGUACUUUUCGCAUGGAAUCAGCGACCGCAUGAUAAAAUAUCGUACGAAAAUUUGCGUUUAGCGACAGAGUUACCAGACCCCGAACUCAGACGAACACUCUGGUCGCUUGUGGCGUUUCCAAAACUGAAAAAACAAAUUUUACUUAUGGAACCUGCAACAAUAACAACCCCGAAAGACUUUUCAGAAAAUACUUUAUUUAGUGUUAAUCAAGAGUUUGCUGUUGUGAAAAAUGGCAAAGCACAGAGAAGAGGAAAAAUGAACAUGAUUGGUCGUUUGCAAUUGAGUACAGAGCGUUCGCAACAGGAGGACAAUCAAUCAAUAGUGCAGUUGCGUAUAUUACGCACCCAGGAAGCCAUUAUAAAAAUAAUGAAGAUGCGCAAACGCUUGAAUAAUGCAACAUUACAGGCCGAGUUGAUUGAUAUACUAAAGAAUAUGUUUUUGCCAUCGAAAAAAAUGAUUAAGGAGCAACUGGAAUGGUUGAUCGAGCACAAGUAUAUGCGACGUGAUGAUGAUGACAUCAAUACAUUCAUUUAUGUGGCUUAAUGAGUGCUUGAAUAUGCAGUUGAUUAGUCUGGGCAACAUAGAGUGAGAUAAGUUGUAUGACUAUUAUCACUUCAUUUUUACGAUCUUUUAAAAAUUAAAUUUUACCUUAUAACUUAAA